AAGAAAAGAAAAACCGGAGAAAAUAGUAUAGCGCGCGGUCGUCUGGCUGUGGGGUGAGAAGUAGAGGGGCGGUCUGUCGAGGUUUGGCGGUAGUGACAAUGCCAGUUCCUCGCGGGCGAGUUGGAGUCGAAGGCGACUAUCGAGUGAGACGAGCUGCCAGCCCUGGCUCAUCGUGUAGUGCCUAGUGAAACGAGAUGACGGGCUCGCGGCUGAGACCCGCGUUCUUCGUGGGCCUCUUCCUGGCCCUUCUAGCCGUCGCCUUACAGGGAGUGCAAAGCGAAGAAGAGCUAGAGGUGCCACCGGAGGAUCUGUGUCGGCCAUACAUUGAGAAGGCGUUGAAGGAUCUCGGUACAGGAUCUUUGGAGCAGACCAGUGCCGAGGUUGUGACAGACGCCGAUAAAGAGAGUCAUGAAGAAGAAGGAAAAGCUGCGAGCGAGGAAGAUGGCGAGCCAACAGACGAUGUUUCGACGGAAGAUUUGGCAACGGAGGAGGACAAACGGGAAUCGGUAGAGGCAGAAACCGCGGGAAGCGACGAACAAGCCGAGGACGAAGCCGACAAGGCGUCAGCGGAGGCUGAUCAAAGCGCAGAAGGCGCGGGAGAACGAAGCGUCGAGGCGGAUGAAACCGAAGAAGGUGAAGCUGCACAGGAGGAAGGCAAAUCUGAUGAGGCUGAUGCAGGAACGGAGGAGGACAAGGACGAGUCUCCCGAGAAAGUAGAGGAAGAUGCUGGGGAUUCGGGUCAGGAUCAAACCGAGGAGGACAAGGACGAGAAGUCUGGCGAGGAAACAGAGGCGGAUGAGAAGAAAUCCGAGGAGGAAGGGGAGGAACAGGUAGACGAUGGAAAAUCCGACGAAGAAGCGCAAGCGGACGAUGGAAAAUCCGACGAAGAAGCACAGGCCGAAGAACAAUCGGCCGAAGAAGCGCAAGCGGACGAUGGAAAAUCCGACGAAGAAGCACAGACCGAGGAACAAUCGGCUGAAGAUGCGAAACUCGACGAGGAGAAAUCCGACGAAGCUGAUGUGAAGUCCGACGAGGAGAAGGAGCAAGCGGAGGACGAGGAUUCGAAGGCGGAGGAAGAAGGAGCUUCUACGGAGGAUGCAGAGGCUGCUUCUAAAGAGGAAGCUGGUGCUGACGAGGAGACCGAGGAAGCUCAGUCGAAGGAACAGCAGGCCAGCGAAGAAGAAGAAAAGGAAGAGAAUGAAGAGGGUCAAGGCGAGAGCACCGAAGGUCAAACAGACGAGGAAGACAAGGAAGGUAAAUCCGGCGAGGACGCGGCGGCCAAAUCUGUAGAAGAUGACGGUGAAUCCGGGGAGGAGAAAGAAGCGAAAUCCGCCGAGGGGGAGGAAAAAUCAGCCGAGGAAGCGAAAUCGGAGGAGGAAGGAACCGAAGGGGAAGCGAAAUCUCGCGGCAGGCGAGAAGUUGGCGAAGAGGGAGACGAAGGAGACUCCGAGGACGAGACCGAUGGAUCCGGGGACGCGGCUGAAAGCGAGGAGGAGGAACCCACCCCCGAGGAAGACCUGAUUCAAGAGAUCGAGGUGCCGGAGAAUCUGCGACCGCGCGAUCACAUCAACCAGUUACUGAAGUUGGACGAGGAGAACGAAGACAAGGAACGAGCUAUUCAGAAAAUCGGAGAAGUAAUUCUCAAGGAAUUGAAGAGGGUAUACGACAACGCCAUCCAACCGCUGGAGUCCCUGUACAAGUACAGGGACUUGAGCAACAGACACUUCGGCGACCCAGAGAUAUUCUCUAAGCCGCUGGUUCUCUUCAUGGGUCCGUGGAGCGGCGGGAAAUCUUCCAUCAUAAACUACUUGCUCGAGAAUGAGUACAAACGGACAUCGUUGAGGACAGGAGCCGAACCGUCUCCGGCCUACUUCAAUAUUCUAAUGCACGGAGAGGAAGAGGAGAUCCUUGACGGUACGCAGCUGGCCGCCGAUUGGACGUUCUCCGGUCUGCAAAAGUUCGGGCAGGGUAUGCUCGAUCGUCUCAAAGGUCUACGACUCGACAGCAAGCUGUUGGAAAAAGUCAAUAUCGUCGAGAUACCAGGAAUCCUAGAAAUCCGAAAACAGGUCCAACGUUUGUUCCCGUUUAACGAUGCGUGUCAGUGGUUCAUCGACCGUGCAGACAUAAUAUUUUUAGUCUACGAUCCAUCCAAAUUGGACGUUGGACCGGAGACCGAGGCGAUCCUCGAUCAACUGAAGGGGAAGGAGUACCAGACACGCAUCAUUCUUAACAAAGCUGAUCAAGUGAAGCCAGAGGAGCUCAUGAGAGUGCAAGGGGCUUUAAUAUGGAACAUAUCGCCGCUGAUGUCCAGCGCCGAGCCACCUAUAAUGUACUCCACGUCGUUGUGGUCGUUACCUUACGAGGCCGGUGCACCGACCAGGUUGUUAUAUGCUCAAGAGCGUGCAUUCCUCCGCGACCUACGUACUGCCAUUGACAAACGAGUCGAGCACAAGAUAGCGAGCGCUAGAAGAUUCGCUGUACGAGUGCGCAAUCAUGCCAAAAUGGUAGACUGCUAUCUAACCACGUAUUACAAUCACAAGACGUUUUUCGGAAACAAAAAGGAGAUCAGCGACAAAAUCAUCGAGAAUCCCCAAGACUAUCACAUCUACGAGGGCCUGAGCACGCUAAAAAAUAUAUCCCGUUACGAUUUGCCCGACCCAGACGUUUAUCGAGACUUCUUCCGACUGAAUCCUCUUUACGACUUUCCCCUGUUGAGCUCCACGUGCACCUAUUUCCGUGGAUGCCCGAUUAAUAGACUCGACGUAGCCAUCGCCUACGACCUGCCCGAGCUCGUGGGCAAAUACAAAAAGUCCGUGGAGCAAGUCAUGCACGAGUACGAGACGAGUCCUCCUAGUUGAGUGUGAUUCAACAUUGCGAAACAGAGCUCUCGAUGCCAUAAAGUCGUAUGGAGCGCGAGCAAAUUGUACAGAAAUAAAAAAAAAAAGCAAAGACGCGAGAGGAGAGGAACGUUAGCGUAAGCUCGAUACUUGAGGCGGUACAGAGAACUUUAUUUCCUGAAACAGCAAAAACGUAGGGUUGGAUUGCCCUUAGAUAAAAAUUCAACCGGGGUCCUAGACGAAGCGAAGAAUGCAAGACCUAAAUAGAGCUCCUGAAACACAAUCUUGCGCGAUAUACUAGACGAUUCAUUUAUGGAUGAGGAGGUGAUGCAGUUUCGGAGUAUGAAGGUAUAUUGUUGGUUUUGCAGGUAAGCCACUGCGUAUUUGAAAACCGUACAUUCACGAUAGUAUACUCAGCAUACGAUUAAGUGCAUUGGUGGAUUGGAAGUCGGAAGAUUUCAAGAUGCUACUUGUGUUUGGGAGACAAUACGAGUGUUACCAUUCCGAUCUAAAAUGGACAGUGAGUUUUCCUCGAAUGUGUUUCGAAACAGCUUUGAUCCAUGCAGUUUUGGAAAACGUAUCACGACAACAGUGGGUCCUAUUAAUACGUAAAUAAAAAGUUGGGAAUACAAUGAACUCGCGCGAUAGACUUCUUUGAAACUCAGUGUAAUAGUUAUGCCAACUAUUAUACAGCACUGUGACACUUGAGCCGUCUGAAUACCACGCGACGGAAGCAAGAAUUUACUUACAUAUUAGAAGUAUGUAAGAUAAAAUAUAUAAAAUAUUUCCAUUAAGAAAGAGACAAGAAUGAUCUCUUUUCGAGGCUUUUGUGAAAUACCUUGUAUAAAGAAAUUGUGUUCUUAUUAAAAGUUAUAAAAUAUUUAUUAAAAAAAAAAAUAUAUAUGAUUAGUUACUCGAUAACAUGUUCCCAUGUUAAUACGCAGACUAUAUUUUCGAUGUAAAUGAAUAUAUUGUUUUGAUUUAGUAAAACGUUUGACUUUUAAUGUACCUGGUGUAAAUUAAACGCCUCGUAUAAAAUAAUUGUUUAGUUUGCAUUGUGUUGUUAAUGCUCACGCGUGUGAUUGGCUUUUUGCAGAUAUGCAGAUUGCUGAUAUUGUUAUUAUUACAGUCACUGCUAUUGUCAUCCAAGUUAUAAAAAAAAUA